AUGCUUCGCCCAGCAUUGUCUUUCAUCAGCUGUGGGCUGCUGCUAUUGCCAGCAUGCAUCCUUCCUGGGUGCUUUUCAUUGUCGCUGAUCCCAACCAAACUGUCGGCAGUUAAGGAAGAAACGUCCAGUCUUUCUCGUCGAGAGUGGUGGAACACCAAUCUGCUGCAACUCUCGGUGGGUGGGUUGCUGUCGACUUGGGUGCCGGAACAUGCCACUGCAGCGCCCAUUACUACCCCCUACUUGAUGGAAGAAUAUUUUCAGCCUCCGAAUACGGCAGCCGAUCAAGGUCGCUUUUACUUUCCCACCUUGACACCUCCCUUUGCCAAACGGGCGACCUACCAAUACACCUUGGGCCGAAAUGCAUGGGCAUUGGAACAGCUCUUGACAUUUGCCAAUGUGUCCGCGACCAUUCGUUGCAACGUGGUGCAAUUGGAAUCCACCGGGGGAUUGUGGGUGCAUAGUCCCCAGUGGCCCACGGGAGAGUUUUGUUACCUACUCGAUCAGCUGCAGGGUGAUGUGGAGCAUAUUGUCUUGCCGUGCAAUGCGCUGGAACACAAGGCUCCCAUGAAAGCCUUUAUCCAGAAAUAUCCAAAGGCUCAAGUCUGGAUCAGCCCUGGCCAGUAUGGUCCGUUUGGUAGCUGUGGAUUGGAUACCGAUUUUGAUACCAAGAAAACUUCGAGCACGAUGGGAUACCGUGUCGAUGGCAUUCUAGGCGACAACAUGGCCCAACCACCCAGCUGGGCCAAGGAAUUCGACAUGGCCAUUUUGUAUGUGGAUAUCCCGGAAAAUGCUGGACCGGUAUCGGAAGUGGCAUUUUGUCACAAACCAACCAAGACGCUGGUGGCCACGGACGCGGUCGUGUACAUUCCCACCGAUGCACCCAACAUUUUCACAACCUACUUUGACACGGAUACCGUACGAGACGAUCCAACCUUUUGGCCCAAGACGGUACUGCAGGCCGUCUUUUUGCCAUUGCGAACAAACAAUAACAACAAUUAUCCUGGCUUUGGCGCAAUUGAAAAUCGAUUGGUCCGAGCUCCCAUUUUGCGGGCAUUUGCAGAUGCCCGAGCCCCCAAUGCGGUGAAGGAUUGGGUGGCCAAGAUUGCCACUCAAUUUGAUUUCGAUCGAAUCAUUACAAGUCACUUUGCCUCGCCCAUUGCUGCCACGCCGCAAGAUUUUGCCAGUUGCUUUUCGUAUCUGACACCCAUCAUGGGCAACAGCAACAGUAAGCUCCCACCCAUUGCCUGUCAAGAUUGGGAACUACUCGAAGGGUUGAAUCAGGUCAUUGCCGAAAACAAGCUUGGCGCUCCAGCUACUUUUGACUACAAGAAAGAUUGUCAAUAG